CGCGACGCGAAAAUUUCCGGUCGAUAUCUCGUCUAUCACAAAUACGCGGUCAACAUUGGUAUCGCGUGUUGUGCUUGCAAUGAUUUCGAUCUUCCGCGUCCAGCAAGUGGCUGAUCAAAUAAACAACAACGAAUGGAAGAACGAAAAUUAAAGCGUGGGGGAAUGGCGUUGUCUCGAUAUCGUUGAUCUAACCAAGAGUAAGGAUUUAGUUUACGACACGCAAUGGACGCUUCGUCAUCUACGAAGGCAACGAUCGAGCUGUUCAAACAACUGCUCGAAAUUCUCGAGGAAGAAAAUGCGUUCGAUCGUACGGGCAACGAACCACUCGUACGAUUUGUUCAUCCGGAUGAAUUGCAAGAACGAUUACCAAUUAAACUGACCGAGGAACCAGCUGAUAAAAAUGAAAUCGAAAAUGCGAUCCGACAAACGAUUCGAUAUUCCGUCAAAACGUACAGUCCACACUUUCAUAAUCAACUUUACGCUGGCGUUGACGAAUAUGGCCUAGUUGGAUCUUGGUUGACGGAUAUGUUGAAUACAAGCCAAUACACGUAUGAGGUAGCUCCUGUAUUUACUUUGAUGGAACGACAAGUGAUAGAAAAAACUUUGGAAUUGAUCGGAUAUCCGUCCAUGCCGGACGGAGAUGGAAUUCUUUGUCCUGGCGGUAGUAUCUCUAACAUGUAUGGUAUGGUGCUAGCUAGAUAUAAAAUGAUUCCGGAUGUCAAGAAGAAGGGUCUCGCGGGACUUCCACCGCUCGUUUGUUUUACCAGCGAGGCUGGCCAUUAUUCAAUCUCGAAAGGAGCUCAUUGGUUAGGUUUAGGAACUGAUCAUGUUUACAAGAUAAAGUGCGACGAAUUGGGACGUAUGCGACCGGACGAAUUGAAAGCUGCCAUAGCGGAAGCCAGAAGACAAGGUCACUUACCAUUCUUCGUGAAUGCCACCUGCGGCACUACAGUUCUCGGAUCUUUUGAUCCAUUGCCGGAUAUCGCAGCUAUCUGUCGUGAGGAAAAUUUAUGGUUACAUGUUGACGCAUGUCUCGGUGGCACGUUAUUGUUUUCGGAAAAAUAUCGAAAUAGAUUAAAAGGAAUCGAACUAUCCAACUCCGUGGCGUGGAAUCCCCACAAGACACUUGGUGCUCCAUUGCAAUGCUCAUUGUUUCUGGUCAAAGGUAAAAACAUUUUACACGAGACAAAUUGCGCGGGAGCAAAGUAUCUGUUUCAACAAGACAAACAUUAUGAUGUAUCUUGGGACACGGGUGACAAAAGUUUGCAAUGUGGAAGAAAGGUCGAUGGAGCCAAGUUUUGGUUGAUGUGGAAAGCACGUGGGACCAAAGGGCUUCGCGAAUCCGUGGAACUUGCUAUAUCAGCUGUUGAAUACUUUAUCGAUCGAAUUCGAAAUCGCAGCGGAUUUCGCUUGGUACUUCCUCAAUACGAAGGUUGUAACGUUUGUUUUUGGUAUAUACCACCGAGCAUGCGAGAUCAACCAGAAACUGAAGAAUGGUGGGAUAAAUUAUACGAGAUUGCACCUAAAAUUAAGGAACGUAUGAUGAUGAAUGGAACGCUAAUGAUCGGAUAUAUGCCACUGUCCUUUAAAAAACUUGGAAACUUUUUCCGUAUGGUGAUCAACUGUCAACCACCACCGAGUAAAGCUUCAAUGGAUUACGUAAUCAACAAGAUCGAAGAAUUGGCCAUUGAUUUGUAAACAUUAAUUUGGAUUAAUGUCUACGCGCUCUCACCGAGUAAAUAAGAAAGAAAGAUCAGGAGAAAAUGAA